UUGACAGAUGACAUUUGGCAAAUCACACAUUCCGAAUAGGCCGAUAAAUGUGCUUUUCUAUUCGAUGUGAUUUCUUUACAAGUUUUGCUUGAGUCGGGAAAAGUACUUAGGGUGCGUUUGGGACCGUAGACAAAUUGUUCAACUUCUCGGUCGUUUAUAGAAUAUUGCCAAAAUAGCGCCACCAACGCCAACUAAACGUGUGAAGAUGUCGAAGGCAAGUAGCAGUGUUGUCAACGGCAGCAAUUAUGAGACAUUGCAUCAAGGGCGCCUCAAUAUGUACAAAUCCAAGGUUGCUGUCGUCCUCGGAGCUCAGUGGGGCGAUGAGGGCAAAGGUAAAGUGGUUGACAUGCUGGCACUGGAAGUGGACAUCGUUUGCAGGUGUCAGUAAUCACGCGGGCGAGAAUAAUAAAAGGAAUUACAUAUGUGAAAUAAAUACAUAUUAAAUUUCCUGUCCGUCUGUGCCACUAAGCUCGCGAAAUCUUAAAGCCUCUGAAAAGAAGAAUAAGUCAACGUGAAUACUUACAACUUUCCGCUUACUCUUAAGUGCCUGGACCGUCUGCUACCUGCUGAUACAUUCAUUCAUAAGAAAAAUGUACACACGAUACCUGUACAUAGUCAAUGCAUGUGAUUGCUUGAUCAAAUUUUUCUGUUCUUGCAUUUUCGGCUUUUCUAUGUUUACAUAACAUCACAUUUUUUGCGUUUUUCUCAUUUCAUAUGAGUGGUGAAUAACCGUCAAUUGUGAUUCAUUUUUGCCGCGCACUUCGCCUGUACGUCGUCCAUAUACAUAGCUAUGUACUUGUGCUUGUAUUUUUCUCUUUUAUUUAUUUAUGUGCAUAUAUAUGUAAGAAUCGUGUGCAAGUCACAUAUAUUAGGUAUGUACAUAUUUAUGUAUGUAUAUUAUUUAUACAAAGUAUCGCAUCACUCAGGUUUUUGGUUAUAGACAAUAUUUUUCAGAUAUCUCGCCAAGCUAUGUAGUAUAUAUGUAUACAUACACUUUUUCUUUCAAUCAAAAAGAAUUAAGCAUAGAACUAGUUUGGCGCUACAAAAUGUUUCCUUAGGUCCAGCCUAAUUGAUAAUAAUAGUAACAAUAUUGCACAGAAACCAUUUACAAAAAUUGGUUCCAAAGUUAAAGGAAAAAUCCCAAAUAUUUGCAAGCCAAAACUAUGUAGAAUUCAAAUUGCUUUUUAAGAAAAAUUAUAUAAAAUGCACUUAGUACUAACCGAAUCCUACAUCGUUAUUAUUAAAUUAGUUAACACUUCAAAAUGUAGCUGCUAUCACUUGGCAAAUUCAUGUUCAAAUGUUAAAGGAGAGAUUGGACCAGUUAAACAUAA